UGGGCAUCCAUUGGCAGACAGGUAGAUCGGCGUCAAUGAUUGUAGCCAACUGAAAGUUUUACGGAAGCUUUUACUUUGAAAUCAGUGUUGUGACUUCCGGUGUCGACCAUUAGCUAAUUUAAGGGUUUGUUGUCGUCACGUUGUACAUUUCACUUACUGCAGGCAUAAGAUUAUAACGCAUUAUUCGUUGUUUUUUUUGUUUGUUUGUUUUUUUAGAGAGAGAGAGGGCAAUGUUUUAUCCCCCGGAGCCUAAAUAUGUGAAGAGGAGCGGUGACUGGUGCGAGUUAGCCGUAGCUGCUCGCUAGCAAGUGACGAGUUCACCUCGUCGAAGGCGUCAUGCCUCGCAGGAAGAAAAACGGACAAAGCCCGGCCAGAGUCCCCGGUGGGCAGCCAGUGGGGGAAAGCCUCGGUCCGGGUUACCCUGUCGCCAUGGCGUCCUACUUCCCCCCCAGCAUAGAAGGCGACGACAGGCAGAAGAUCAGCCAAAACAUGCGAGAAAUGUUCUCCCACUUGGACCCUGAAGUUGUACACAUGGUGCUGGCCGAGUGCCACUUCAAAGCUGAAAGUGCGAUGGACGCCCUGUUGGAAAUGUCCAUUGCAGCCGAACUCUCAGCUCCUGUUCUAUCGCCCGUCUCCGGAUUCGAGCGCACGGCCGCAGCCCUGCUGAGUCCUAGCCCCGUUUCUCAACCCGUGCUGGACUCCGCCUCGGACCACGUCACCUCUCCGUUGUCCACCAGCAUCCUGACAGAAGAGGUGGACUUUCAAAUUGAACAGGAGCUCCAGAACCUGACGGCACAACAGGAAGCCGGCGUGGCAAGUUCCCUACCUCCAUCCCAACAGGUCUUCCCUGAGCUGCCUCAGUGUGGGCGGGGCUUGGUGCCGUCUGGAGCCUCCUCUCCAAUUGAACUGCUCGGCACCAAGGCCCAAAAGUCCAUUGUGGAUUUUCCGCUUCUGAAACCGAAAGAACCUACAGACAGAUCACAAGCUUCUCUGCGUCUGGCAGCUGCAGGACGUCCCUCUGCGUUCCAGAUGUAUAAAAAAAACGAAUCACAGGUCAAUUCGGACAAUUCAGUCAGAGGAGCGCCGAUGCCUGCGCCACCGUGGAACCUUCACCCGCCGUUUUUCUCUCCCCGCCUUUAUGGAACCCAGCGGCCGUGCUUCAUCACCCCUGCGGCGCCUCCCAACUGGCCCCGGCAAGUUGGACAUCCCUACGCUUGGAGAGGUCAAGCACCUCUUCGACCUUCUGCUGCUAUUCCCACAUCCUGGACCAUGGCCGCUGCCUCUGCCGCUGCCGCUGCACAGCCUCCCGCUCACUUGAGCAGGCUACGUCUGGAAGGCAGGGUGCUCGUGUUGCUACGCGGAGCACCGGGAUCUGGGAAAACCACUUUAGCUCGGGCAUUUCUAGAACAUAACAUUGGUGGCGUCGUACUGAGCACCGACGACUACUUCACCCGCGAAGGACGUUAUCAGUUUGAUUCUACUGCUCUCGGGGAAGCUCACGAGUGGAACUACCAGCGAGCCAAAGAAGCUUUUGAGAGGGGUGCCAAUCCCAUCAUCAUUGAUAACACAAACAUGCAGGGCUGGGAGAUGAAACCCUACGUGGCCCAGGCACUGAAACAUCAUUUUAAAGUUCUGUUUCGGGAGCCGGACACUUGGUGGAGGCACAAGCCCAGAGAGCUCCAGAGACGAUGCAAAAACAACGUGCCCGUGGAAACCAUUCGACGCAUGCUGGAUGGAUAUGAACGCUUCGUGUCGGUCCAGUCCAUCAUGUGUUCAUUGAUGCCGGAGUGGAAACAGCGCCUCCAGUUGAGGAACAGAAAUGUACAGUGUGUGACUCCUGAUGCAAAAUGUCCUGACCUUGUCAGUGAACCUGGAAUGACGAUGAAGAAUUGCCGCCCUCAUCACUAUUCAUCCCUUCCGGACGUGUCAUCUAUAGGUCAUUUGUGGGAGGUGGGCAAGUUGGCAGACGACAACCGCACAUCAACGGAUUUGCUGAACUUCCAGCCAAUUGCAACCUCAGUGGUAAACUCUGAACAUUCAGACAAGGACGAUGAUCUGGAUUUGGCGGCGUUGGAUUCUGAGCUGGAUGCCCUUAAUCAUCCAGGUGGAGAUCAGGCAAUCUCUGACUGUAUUGUGGAAUCAGUGACGGACCACGCCAGGGAUGAAAUUUCAGUGGCUUUCUCUGAGUCCAUUAAACAAAGGGUACAAAGACCAGGCGAGAAGUGGGAUUUGUUCGAGAGACACUCUGCAGAUCUGGUAAAAGAUAUUAACCAGUCAGACGUCUUGGCAUCGGGAAAAGAACGGAAGAAGGGAGAAGAAGAAUCAGCGGUAGGAAGAGAAAAUGGGGAUAAAUCUAAGAUGUUGCAUUAUUUUGGCGGGCACUGGCCGUCUAGAGUGUCCUUAGACCAGCGGCAGGUAAGGAGUAAGGGAAGAGAUGGAGCCGGUGAUGAAAAAGAAGACUUGUCAAAACAAGUCAAUAAAGACAUGGACAAAGGGAAGGCUGGACCUGACCUCACAGAGUUCCAGAAGCUUCUCGACCUCAUUCAGACUGGUGUAGUUACUUGCCAAUCAGGUUCUUUGUGUUCGUCGCCUCUUUCUUUAUACAAUGGACUGGAGUUGGAUGCAGUUGACAAGAUUGAAGAAGCCAUUGGUUGUAGUCCUGAGAGUAAGGAGAACCUGUUGAACCUGAACACAGAUAAGAGCAGUAAAGGUGAUUCACCAGCUUGUUUGUUGGACCGCACUACUGCUGACUGUAACAAGAACGGUGAGGACAUUCUUAAAAAUGAAACAACAGGGUGUGAAAGAACUGAAAAUAGCCUGUGGGCUACGGAUACAGAGAAGAAAGAAAGUAAAGACACUGAGCAUGAGGACAAAGGUAAUAACUGCAGAGAGCAGGGAGGCAUUGAGGCGACAUUUCCGCUGGACAGCAGCCAUUCUAGGGACUCGUGCCAAGCUUCUGAAGGCAGCUGUGUUCUCACUGGAGACACCCAAGGGGAAAGGCAGCGUCAGGGUCGCAGAUCAGGGAAACUGUGCAAGCUUGCCCUCACCUUCACUCAAAAUUGCCCAGCUCCUUCACUGAAGACACCUGAAAAUCCCAGUAGCAUAACCCUUCCUGAUUGCGUCGCCAGCUUCAACCCUAAACCGGACUUGUCCGCCAAGCCCAAAGAAGACGUCCACCCGCGACCCGCGACGCCUCUCUAUCCAGAUGGAGGUUGCCCUACCCAGACUGAACCUCAGGACUUUGCUCUUCUUUGGCGUCUUAACCGUCAGGACCACCAACCAGACACUGCUGUCGCUGCUCGCAGCUACUCCGGUGAAUUCACAGUCCUACGUGCCAACUCUUCGCGUUUUGUGCCGGAGCUUGCAUCUGCAGUUUCCGCCGCAGUUGCAGUUCACCCGUCCACUCGCAACAUGGUACCGUACCGUGUGGUGCACGAGAAAAGCACACAGGUUGAGGAUGGAGAAUUUGGGGCAUGCCAAAGCCGCCUUGAAGGCCUAGGCAUUCUCAGUCGUCAUUUUAAACUACUCCAUUUUGAAACAUUAGAGGACUUGUAUGACAAAUGUCAGCAGGACUUGGAGUGGACAACCAACUUGCUGUUGGACUCUGGAGAAAAGCUCUUCAGAGAUGAGGAUGUUUUGGAAGAGGACGUUGCUCACGUCAAACUGGAAGAGCCCACUCCCCCUUUAGAAAAAGCAAUAGAAACUCAAGUAGGGGACGAGCGUUCUGUAGAGCCGCCUGGCCUCAUGCUUCAACCAUCUGCAUUUGAGACACUGGGUGGGACCUCAGACACUGAUUUAUCAAGUUUAGGAGGUGCAUUUUCUCCAAUCAGAAACACAAGUCAGCUUGAUAUGCUUUCACACAUUGUAAGAGACAAUCCGAGCCUACCUGCUUUGGACAAAGAUAAUGACAAUGAAGACAAAGAAGCAAUGGAGAAGUCAAGUGUUGACACUGCAGAUGACAUUGCUAGUAUGGACGAGGUCCACCGGCUGUUGCAAGCUGAGCUGGAAGAGCUCGAGAGAGAAGAAAGACAGAAGAAAGAGGAAAGGGGUGGCAGCAGUGUUCUGAACAUCCAGAGUGUGGAGCUGAAAAUACCCACUGAACUGGCCCUGCAGCUGACUGAACUGUUUGGCCCUGUGGGUGUAGAACCAGGCACAGACUCUUCUGAAGAUUAUGCUGUGCAGAUGGACAUGAGCUUUGCUAAACUGCUUCACCAGAAGUGGAAAGAAACCAUUCAAGAAAGGCAAAGACAAGCAACUCUUUCCCGCCACUUGCUUCGAAACAACAGCCAAGCCGAGCAGCCCUACGUGGACCACUGGACUUUCUCCCAGCCUCGCGUCUCUCUCCGCAACAUCAUAAAGGAGGAACUGGCCAUGCAGAAGAACAUGGAGAAGUCGAGACAAAGCAGGGCGGACCUCAGCAGGCGUGACGGAGCGUCCGUGUUGAAAGAGGAGCAGCUUUACUCCCGUUUCCCUACCAUUGACCGACACUUCCUCCUGGAAAUAUUCCAGGACCAUAAUCACUGCCUCAGCCAGACCGAGCUUUUUAUCAACUCCAUAAUGGACCAGGAGCCCGCCAGAACGGUCGUCGCACCAGAACCGCCGAAAUCCGACCACCUUAGAACCGCCAGCAAAGAGAGAGAAAAGAAGCUGGUGGACUCUGCAUUGCCUGUGUACCAGAACUACCAGGACACAGAAGACCCGCAGUAUGAGGACUUCAGGGCCGAGGCCAGUCUGCAAAGAAGUCGACAACUUGAGAGUUUUGCCAAGGCUGCUGAGGCUCACAAGCAAGGACGCAGAGAGGUGGCUUCCUUUUAUGCCCAGCAGGGACAAUUACACGGGCAGCGGAUGCGCGAGGCCAACGAGCGUGCAGAAGUUCAGAUCUUUGAGAGAGUCAACUCCUCGCUUCUCCCCAACAACAUCCUGGACCUGCACGGGCUGCACGUGGACGAGGCCUUGAGGCACCUGGGCCGCGUCCUCCGUGACAAAACAGCAGAGUGCGAACAAGGUUUGUGUCGACCGCAGCUCUCCGUCAUCACAGGAAGAGGCAACCACAGCCAGGGGGGCGUGGCCCGCAUCCGCCCAGCCGUUUUAAACUACCUCGCCAACACACACUACAGGUUCGCUGAGCCAAAGCCGGGACUGGUGUUGGUUUCUUUGAAGUGACGAAGAACUCUUCAGUACACUACACUCAGGAUCCUUUCUUCUUAAAAAAAAAAAGUAUUUUCCUUAAGUCAGUUGAUCAGAAUGGAUACGUAUUUUAUCAUGUAAAUAGAUUUUUGUUUUUACAGUGUGCUGGCUUUUAAGGUAUUUAAAAAUCACAAGUCUGGCGGUUGCUUCUGUUAAUUGGAGUUUUAGAAGAUUCUUUACCUUUUCAUGUCUAAUCUGAAUUUUAACAUUUAAUCUAGGUGGGCCAUCCAACUAAUCUUAACGUACUCUCAUUUUAAAGACCAAGUCAUGAUCAAAAUACUCAUUUUGUACUACAGAUUAUGCUCUGCAAUAUUUUGUAAAAAAUUGAGAGUGGUAUUUUUUUUAUACAAUGUGUAUUUCCUGUUUUGUAAU